UUUUCUGUAUGAAUCUUAAUUUUUCUGUCUCUUUUCAUUAGUCACCUUAGGUUUUUUUGUCCCCCGAAAUCCUCGUUAUAGCGGCGAACGGCACCAAUGUGAGCCGUGUCCAUGAAGCGAACAGAAAGCUUCCUAGUACAUCAAAUAAGCCAAAAGCAGAGAAAGACAGAUUGGAUUUCCUGAAGAGGGGGAUUUUGAACCUUCAUCAAAAGAGCUCUUGAGAAGAGCCGACAUACCCUGGAUGGAAUUUCGGAGACAUUGGCGCCGCUUCUGGUGCUGCUACUUGGUGGGAUCGAUCAUAUUUCUCGCAAUUUUCCUCCCGAUAUUCUUUCUAGUUAUUAUUCCUGCCAUAGCGCAGAGAAUCGUCGACAAUACGAAACUUCUGGUGUAUUCCGCCUCGGUCCUGGAUCCCAAGCCAGACACAGUCACAUUCACUGUUGAUACUUCCUUGGAUAUUCCUUUGGCUGUUAAAAUCCGAACUGACCCCCUCAACCUGAGUUUGUUCAAUCGAGAUGAAAAACCGAUGGAGCCAUACUUUAUUGCGGCGCUGUCGACUUUCAGCUUGAAGGGAGGUACAAACAUGAUCAAUUUGACCCAGCGCGACAACAAAAUCCUCAGCCAGCAUCAGUUUGUGAAAAUCUUAGCCACGGCGGUGUAUCAAGACCGUUUUGUGAUAUCAGUGAAGGGAUCUACAGUUGGCCAUAUUGGGGCGCUCAAGGCGUCUUUGGCCCUAGACAAAGAUGUUGAACUGACCGGCCUGGACAAGUUCAGCGGCAUCUCUGUUCCGUCUGCCUAUUUGAUUCCUAAGCAGGAUGAUGGCACAAACUUCAAGGCAACUGCAGUUCUGCCCAACCGCUCGGUUUUCACGAUUGCCAUGGGCAAUGUGACUGUGAACAUCCAGAGUGCCGACCUAAUUCUUGGACAAGCGACCGCGUACGACCUCGUGCUAAAGCCAGGAAAUAACACUGUUAAUGUUAGUGGCUGGAUAGAUCUCGGGACCGUGCUUGAGAAUCGCUCCGAAUUUCUCUCCACCCAAACAAAAGCAUUGGAAGAAGGCGAUAUAGAGAUUUCGGUUACCGGAAACUCGACCAUUUAUAAAGGUCAUCAUAUUGGCUACUAUGAAGAGAUCUUGAACAACCUUACCCUUACCACUCGUGUUCCAUUCAUGAACUUAUUAGUGGACACGAUUCAUGGGAUGAUGCACUUCAGUUCUGACUCUAACUGGAGUAGCCCUUCAGUGUAA